AGGGCGGGGGGCGCGGGGGAGAGGCGGGGUGGGGGGAGGGGAGCUGUGACUCGGACCCCGGACUGAGUGGGGCCCGGGCAGAAGCUGAGCACCCUGCGCCCGAGGAGCCCCCGUUGGCCUGGGGGGGCUGAGGGACUGAGCCCCCCAGAGCAGGACCUCCCCCUGGAAGGGCCGCGCCGCAGCCCGUGGGAGGGCCUCGCCCCCGGCGCCCCCCAUAUCCACUCGCCGGUCCCGGCCUCCGCCGGAGGGAGGGGCCGAGCGCCCUCGGGGGGCCGUGGACCCCGGCGUUCUGAGCGUUCCGCGCCCCGCGCCGCCCGGCCCCCCCGCCGCCGAUGGCCGCCGACCCGCCGGGAGCUGCCGAGAAGGGAGAGAUGGCUCCCGGGACACGUGUGAGCCCUCGGCGUUGCUGACGCCCCCAAUGUCGUCGAGCAGCCGGGGGCCGGGGGCCGGAGCGCGCCGACGCCGAACCCGCUGCCGCCGCUGCCGGGCCUGUGUGCGAACUGAGUGCGGGGACUGCCACUUCUGCCGAGACAUGAAGAAGUUCGGGGGGCCCGGGCGCAUGAAGCAGUCGUGCCUGCUCCGGCAGUGCACUGCCCCCGUGCUCCCACACACAGCUGUGUGCCUCUUGUGUGGGGAGGCUGGGAAGGAGGACACAGUAGAGGGAGAGGAAGAGAAAUUUGGUUUGAGCCUCAUGGAGUGUACAAUCUGCAAUGAGAUCGUCCACCCUGGCUGCCUGAAGAUGGGGAAGGCUGAGGGUGUCAUCAAUGCGGAGAUCCCUAACUGCUGGGAGUGCCCUCGCUGCACCCAGGAAGGCCGGACCAGCAAGCUUCCAUCUCCCCAGGAUACAGGUGAGGGACCAGGCCGCCGCAGGGCUGACAACGGCGAGGAGGGCGCCAGCCUGGGGAGUGGAUGGAAGCUGACGGAGGAGCCGCCGCUUCCACCACCUCCACCCAGGCGCAAGGGCCCCUUACCUGCUGGGCCCCCCCCAGAGGACGUGCCUGGGCCCCCCAAAAGAAAGGAGAGGGAGGCAGGGAAUGAGCCCCCCACCCCAAGGAAAAAGGUGAAAGGAGGCCGAGAGAGGCACCUGAAGAAGGUGGGUGGAGAUGCCUGCCUCCUCCGAGGAUCGGACCCAGGCGGCCCCGGCCUUCUGCCCCCCAGGGUUCUGAAUCCAAGCCAGGCUUUCUCGUCCUGCCACCCUGGGCUCCCUCCCGAGAACUGGGAGAAACCAAAGCCGCCUUUGGCCUCGGCCGAGGGCCCGGCAGCACCAUCCCCGUCGCCGCAGAGGGAGAAGCUGGAGCGUUUCAAGCGCAUGUGCCAGCUGCUGGAGCGGGUGCCUGACACCUCCUCGUCGUCCUCGGACUCAGAUUCCGACUCUGACUCUUCAGGCACAUCGCUGAGUGAGGAUGAGGCCCCUGGCGAGGCCCGGAAUGGGCGACGGCCAGCCCGGGGCAGCUCGGGCGAGAAGGAGAACCGCGGGGGGCGGCGGGCUGUGCGCCCUGGCAGUGGGGGGCCCCUCCUCAGCUGGCCCCUGGGCCCCGCCCCACCGCCCCGGCCCCCACAGCUGGAGAGGCAUGUGGUGCGGCCCCCACCUCGAAGCCCUGAGCCCGACACGCUGCCUUUGGCUGCUGGAUCCGACCACCCCCUGCCCCGUGCCGCCUGGCUUCGUGUCUUCCAGCACCUCGGGCCCCGAGAGCUGUGCAUUUGCAUGCGAGUCUGCAGGACUUGGAGCCGCUGGUGCUAUGACAAGCGUCUGUGGCCUCGAAUGGACCUGAGCCGGCGAAAGUCACUGACCCCACCCAUGCUCAGUGGUGUGGUUCGUCGCCAGCCCCGAGCCCUGGACCUCAGCUGGACAGGUGUCUCCAAGAAGCAGCUCAUGUGGCUUCUGAACCGUCUGCAAGGCCUGCAGGAGCUGGUGCUCUCCGGCUGCUCCUGGCUCUCUGUCUCUGCCCUGGGCUCAGCCCCACUGCCGGCCCUGCGGCUCCUGGACCUCCGCUGGAUUGAGGAUGUUAAAGACUCCCAGCUCCGCGAGCUGCUCUUGCCUCCACCAGACACCAAACCAGGGCAAACAGAGAGCCGUGGGCGGCUGCAGGGGGUAGCGGAGCUGCGCCUGGCGGGCCUGGAGCUGACGGACGCCUCCCUGCGGCUCCUGCUGCGCCAUGCACCCCAGCUGAGUGCCCUGGACCUGAGCCACUGCGCCCACGUCGGGGACCCCAGCGUCCACCUCCUCACGGCCCCCACUUCUCCCCUCCGCGAGACCUUGGUGCACCUCAAUCUUGCAGGUUGCCACCGCCUCACGGACCACUGCCUCCCGCUGUUCCGCCGCUGCCCUCGCCUCCGCCGCCUAGACCUGCGCUCCUGCCGCCAGCUCUCACCUGAAGCUUGUGCCCGGCUGGCAGCCGCUGGGCCCCCCGGCCCCUUCCGCUGCCCAGAGGAGAAGCUCCUUCUCAAGGACAGCUAGUUGGGUGCCCCCCACCCUCCCCCAGGACUCAUCAGGAGCCUGGACCUCGGGCCUUCAUUUUAUCCCUGCCAGGAGGCCAGGUUACCCACCUCAUGACUUGGGAUUCCUGCCCAGGGACUCGAGCCAGCCUCCCCCCUCUCUACCCCCUGCACUGAUAUCUCUGGGGGUCUCUCCUUCCCAUCCCCUCUCCCUUCCACCUGCUUCAUUGUCCAUCCCCUGGGGGGUGUGGGUCAGAGGUACAGGGGGGUGCUGAGCCAAAGGGAUGGUGGGAGGGGGGGUAAGGUGCAAGUUUGAGGGAGGGAAAUUGGGGAAAGGGUAUCUGCGCACAGGAUACUGGGAGCCAGGGGGCUGGGGGAGG